AUGUUAACUCGAUCAUCUGCAGCUUCACGUUUAUCUCCAACAUUAAAUCAACAAAUUGAAAAACGUCGACGUUCAACAAUAACAACAAAUGAUGAUGAUCAACAACAACAACAACAAAAUGAUAAUUCAUUAUCAUCAUCAUCACAAGCUAAACCAUUAAAAAAACGUUGGUUAGCUCAUCAUAAUGUUGAUCAAGAACAACAAUUAAAUAGUACAAAUAUUCAAGAUAAUUUAUCAUCAAUAAAUAAUUUAAUAAAUGAAUACAAUUUUCAAGAUUGGCAAACAAUAACAGUUCUUGUUGAUAUAGGAAAUAAUCAAUUAAAUGAAUAUAUAUCAGGUACAAUAAUUGAUAUACCAAAAAAUGGUCAUUUAAUUGUACAAUCAUCAAUUAUAAAUGAAAAUUUAUUUCCAAAUAAAAUUCAAAUUAAUUUAUUUGAAAAUCUUUUUGGUAUAUUAUCUGAUAAUGCACCACCAAUAAGAGAAUUAAUACAAGGUAAACAUGUUUUAUGUCGACGACAACAAAUACAUACAGAAACAAAUUUUAAAUAUUCAACAUAUCAAUCAGGAAUAAUUAUUGAAAAAACAAAUGAUGCUAAAUUUAAUAUUCUAUUUGAUAAUCAACAAGAUACAUUAUGUGUACCAAGACAAUCAAUUAGAUUAUUUUUACCACCAUGGCAUGAUGAAAUUCCUGUUGAUUGGAAUGCUGCACUUGAUGCUAAAGGUUUAUUUAAAUCAAAUAAUACAUCUGAUAUUAAUCAUCGACAAGGUUGUUGUGGAAGUUCAUCUCCUCGUGAAUCAUCUGUAUCAUCAUCAAGUGAUAGUUUACAAUCAACAAAUAAUAAUUUAAAUGAAUCAACUAAAGUAACAACAAGUGAUUGUUUAAUAAAAGAAACAACAUCAACAAUAAGUUCGAAUUUUUCAUUAAAUAAUACCAAUAGUAGUACAACUAAUAAUAAUAAUAAUAAUAUAAAUGAUGUUCCAACAACAAUUUAUAAUCAAAUAACUUAUCGUAAAGGUGAUGUAAUGACAUCAACACAAUCACAAAUUCGUAAAAAAUUUAAUGGAAAACAAUGGCGUCGUCUUUGUUCAAAAGAUGGUUGUCCAAGAGAAUCUCAAAGACGUGGUCUUUGUUCAAGACAUUUAUCACAAAAAGGUCGACAAGAACAUAAUGCUCAAACAACUCUUAGUUUUGAUAGAAUUCAUUCCCAACCAUCAAUUAUUCCAUUAACAACAAAUAAUUCAUCAAUUCAUCAUGGUUAUUAUUCAGCACCACAAUCAAGAACAACAACACCACUUUUUUUCUCACAACCAUCACCAAGAUUUAUUUUACAACAAAAUUCAUUUCAAAAUGAAGAUUUUCAUUCAAAUAGUUAUCCAUCAGCUCCACGUUCAACAACAUCAGAAAUCUCAACUAAUGAAUCAUCUCAAUUAAAUCCUAUACGAACUGUUAAUUGGCCAGAAAUUUUACCAAAAAUAACAAUUAAUAUUGAUCAAAAUCGUUUUGAUUCAAUGUCAACACAUGAAAUACAUGAAGAUGAAAAUAAUAAUUCUUCAAAUCAUGAUGAAGAUCCAAUGGAUGAUGAUGAUAAUUCAAAUAGAAAUUCAAAUAAUACAAAUAAUAAUAAUGAAAAUAAAUCAUCUCAUAAUGAUGAAUAUCAAACAUCAAAAAAUCAUUCAUCAUCACCAUAUAAAGAUAAACAUGUUCGUCGUCCAAUGAAUUCUUUUAUGUUAUUUUCACAAGAACAACGUGGAAAAAUUCAUUUAGCUAAUCCAAAUCGUGAUAAUAGAAAUGUAUCAAAAAUUUUAGGUGAAAAAUGGUAUUCAUUAUCAUCACAAGAACAAGAACAAUAUAGAAUACGUGCUAAACAAUUAAGAUAUGAACAUUCUAAACAAAAUCCAUCAUUUAAAUGGACGAAUCCAUUAAAUAAAUUAUAUAAUUUAAAUAAUCAAAAUAAUAUUAAAGAUGAACAAGAACAAUGUAGAAGAUCAGCUAGAUUACAAUCACAUUCAAAUCAAGAUAAAAAUACUUCACCUUAUUGUGAUAGAUUACAAGCUUUUGCUCAUAUUUGUACAAAUAUGCCUAAAUUGACUGAAGAAUCUACACAACGUUUUUCUCCAAUAACAAAACCAUCAUCAGAUAAUCAAUCAACAUUAACACAUCUUAUAACACCUGUGCCGAUUCAUGGAAAUUCAACUCCAACAUUAAUUAUCAAUCAAAAUCAAUCGGAUAUUAAUACAAAUAAUGAAGUGGAUAUAUCUCAAAAUGGAAUAUUUCAAUAUCGUAAUACAGCAUUUCGUGUACAUCCAUCAUAUAAUACAAAUGAAGAUAAUAUUAAAAGUCAUUCAUUAUCAAAUUCUCCAAAUUUAAAAAAUGAAAAUUCAUCAUCAUCAUCAACAAUAUUAGCUGAAAAUGAAAAAUAUCGUACAAUUGUAUCAAUGUUAAUUAAUCAACGUAAAACAAAUCUUGGUCUUGAACAACAACUUAAAAAUUUACAAUCAACAACAAAUAAUAUUAAUAAUAAAGUAACAAUAUCACAAUCACCAAUAACAACAACAAUAACAACAACAACAACAUAUUCAAAUUCAUCAAUUGAAUUGAACAGUAAUCAAAAUUUAAUUCAUGAUAAUAAUGAAAGAUUUAAUUUAAAUCAAUCAUCAACAAUUAAAUCAUUUUCUCUUGAUGAACAUCAACAACGAAAUUUUAAUUUUCACAAUUCACAAAAUCAUUUUAUAACACAUUCAAUUGCAUCAUUAUCAUCAAGUAAUUCAACAGGUUAUUCAAGUGGUUCAUCAUCAUCAUCUUCACUUGAUAGUAAUAGUACAAUAUUAUCAGCAUAUAGUUCACGUUCAAAUAGUUCAUUAUCAGAACGAAGUAAAACAUCACCAACACCAUUAAAACAAAUAUCAAUUCAAUAUUUACCAACAAUAAAUGAAACACAUAAUAAUAAUAAUUUUCCAAUAACAACAACUGAUGAUGAAGUUACACAAUUAACUUCAAUUAAUGAAAAUAUUUUAUCUAGAAAAUCUCCAUUACCAUUAAUAUCUCAACAAUUAGAUAAUAUUCAUCAAAAACCAUUAACAAAACGAAGAAAAACUAUUACUUUAGAGUGUGUACAACGUCCAACAACUCGAUCUCAAAGUAUAAGUGAACGUGCUGGAACAACAAAUUGUACAAUAAAUAAUAAUGAAAUAUGUCCAAUAGUGACACGUAAACGAAAAGCAUCAAUUGUUAGUGAACAUAAUGAAAGUGAAAUAAAACGUACAGCAAUUGAUUAUAUUAAACAAUUAGAUGAAAUGAAAAAUCAAUAUAUAAAAGCAAAUUCAAAUCGACAAACAAAUUCUUCAACAUAUUCAAAUAGUCAAACAAUAAAUAAAACACAAUUAGAAUCGAGAUUAAAAGUAGUUGAUUUUUUAAAAGAUCAUCUUUAUCCCACCGAUUCAGCAAUAUUAUCGUUUCAAUUAGAAAAUCAAGAAUUAUUUCCAAAGAGACGUUUAUUAAAUCAACGUAUUCGAGAAAUACGUCAAAAAUUGAUGAGUAAUUUAAAUCAACAACAAACAUUACGUGAACCAUCACAUCAUAAUUAA